AUGGCUGAAGAGUUUGACGAUGCUGAAUUUCUCGCGGCGGAGGCUGGUGUACAACGAUCAGCAUCAGCUGUGCCGCAGCGGACAGCGAGUCCAGCCGUCACCAAUGUCGCCAAAGUCGUGCAGCCCAAGCCGCAGGCAAUGCCCGGCAGGCAAGGUCCGUCAGCAAUUCUGGUCUCGACGCGACAGAAGGGCAAUCCCAUCCUGAAUCAUGUCAAGUCGCUACCGUGGGAAUAUUCAGACAUUCCUUGCGACUAUGUGCUCGGGGCAACAACCUGCGCGUUGUUCUUGUCCCUCAAGUACCACCGACUGCACCCCGAGUACAUCUACAGUCGAAUCCGACAGCUAGGCAAACUAUACAACCUGCGCAUCCUGCUGACGAUGGUAGAUAUUACAAACCAUGAAGAGGCGCUGAAGGAGCUGUCCAAAACGUCCAUGAUCAACAACCUCACAUUGAUCCUCUGCUGGUCUUCACAAGAAGCAGGUCGUUAUCUCGAGCUCUUCAAGUCCUACGAGCACGCCUCCCCUGCCUCCAUUCGCGCCCAUCAAGCCGAGACCUACCAAGAAAGCUUGACCGAGUUUGUUACUACUCCUCGCACCAUCAACAAGACGGAUGCUGCAAGUUUGAUCUCGAACUUCGGAUCCCUCCGCGCAGCAGUGAACGCUCAGCCAGAAGAGUUGGCGUUGGUGCCGGGCUGGGGAGAGAAGAAGGUAAAAGCGUGGACUACAAUAGUCCGAGAGCCCUUCCGGGUCAAGCGAGCUGCCAAGUCAAGUGCUGCCCUGUUGAGGCAAGAAAGCACAAUGUAUUCCGACGGAGACAGCGCUCCGCUUACUCCUGACCCGGUUCCAACCCCCAUCCCCAUCAGUACUGUCCGAUCUCUGAGCAGGCAGGGUACACCAAUGAACACCGUUGCUGAGUCGUCGGAAGGUCCUAGAGGCCUUAAACGAUCGAGGCUUGAAGAAAUCCCGAUGAACGAGGGCAUUGACGCGGACGAGGCGGCGCUUCUAGCAAUGGCGGAAGCCGAGUCACAUCUCACGGAUGUGGAACAGCCAAAGGUUGCCCAGGCCAUCACAAGGAAAGAACCUGAACUGAGCGAAGGCGUCAUGGCUGCUUUGGCCAAACUACGCCAAAAUGGUUGA